AUGGGAGAAAUGGAGAUCGAAGAAAUCGAAGCCGUCCUUGAGAAAAUCUGGGAUCUGCACGACAAGCUUAGCGACGAGAUUCACUUGAUUUCGCGGUCUCACUUCCUCAAAUCCGUUAAACCUCCACCGAGAUCGGAGAAGAGGAAGAGUCAAGGAAAUUCCGGCGAAGAUAAGCGGCCGGGACCGGGUUAUGUCUUCAUCAAGGGAUUCGCCGUCGACGAUAACGAUUCCACGAUGCAGGAGGCGAAGAGCCUCAACGCAAUUCGAACCGCUCUUGAGAACCUCGAAGACCAGCUCGAGUUUUUCCAUACUAUACAUACACAGCAACGAACAGAGAGAGAUGUUGCGGUGGCACGGCUUGAACAGAGCAGGAGAUUACUAGCAAUGAGAUUAGCCGAGCACCACGGGAAGAGCUAUGGAGUCUUAGAAGAAGCUCUUGCGUUUGUUGGUAACAUCAAAAGCGCCACUCAUUUCGUUUCGCCUGAUCAACUCUACAACUCCUCCUCAAACCCAACCGGAGCAGACCCUACUACUCCUUCCGAUGGAAAAAAGCCAAACUUUUUGAUCAACGCCUUUGCCUGCACUUUCGGGUUUGCCAAAAGAGCACUUGGAGUCAACCAUGUGAGAGGCGUGCUUGGAAACGCUGCUAUAUUCGCCAUUAGCAUGGUCGCUAUGCUUCAUCUUCACCAAGUGGCUACGAGUGAACAUCAUGUACAGAGAAAAGAAGACGGGUUCUACAGAAAGUCGAGGAAACCAUAUGGAAGAGAGAUGUCUUCGUCUGACAUUAGUUUGGACCAUUUGGACGUGAUGAUGGCUCGUGGUUAA